ACCGAAUUCGAAUUCGAAUCCGAUUCGCUCUCUCUCUCUCUCUCUCGAUCGGUCUUCCACAGGUUCCCCAUCGUCAAAAAAAAAAAGAAAAAAGGUUCGAAUCAAAACCCACAUUUUCCUCUGCCUUUCUCAUCUUUUCUCGUAUUCAUAAAUUCAUAUUUCCUUUCUGUAAUUUUCUUUCAGAUCGACUUAAUCUCAACUCAGAGCAUAGAGAUGGAGGGAACAGUCUUCACUCCUGCUUUGGAAGGAAUGAAGCAUGUGAAGUCCGAGCAAGGGGAAAUCCUGGCCCAGCCUUUCCUGGAAGUGUGCAAGCAGAUACUGCCUGUUAUAGAAAAGUUUGGAGCUGCUAUGGCCCUUGUCAAAAGUGAUAUUGGUGGAAACGUCUCGAGACUGGAGUCUAAAUAUUCUUCAAAUCCAUCUGAAUUCAACCACCUAUAUAGCAUGGUUAGAACAGAGGUUGCAUCUAAAACAGCGAAGGGAUCAUCCAGUUGCACCAAUGGUCUUCUUUGGUUGACAAGAGCGAUGGAUUUCUUGGUGGAAUUGUUUCGCAACUUACUUGAGCAUAAGGAUUGGACAAUGUCACAGGCCUGUUCAGAUUCCUACGGAAAGACCCUGAAAAAAUGGCAUGGCUGGCUUGCUAGUUCAAGUUUCACUGUUGCCAUGAAGCUUGCUCCAGAUAGAAAGAAGUUCAUGGAGGUGAUAGGCAGCGGUGAUAUCUAUGGUGACAUAGAAAAAUUUUGCACCAACUUUUAUCCUUUUCUUGAAGAGAAUCACAAGUUUCUGGCUAGCGUUGGCUUGGAUGAUCUGAAGGCUUCAUGAGGAAACAAGGUCUCCUGAUGAGUGGCUCUUGCUUCAAGUGAUGGUGUUUUUGUACACCUUUUUUAUUAUUUUUAUUUAACCUUUCAGUUUUGACUAUUGAAUAAUUUGUAUUUGGUUCUAAAGUUUGAAACCUUAUAUAAGUCAACUUCCAGCUCCUUUGAAUCUUA